GUGGUAACUUUUUUGUUUCCAGAAAAUGAACAACUAAGGAAUAAUUGUUCACGUUUCUUAUUGGCUUCUGAAAGCCAGACGCGUCUUUUUGACAUUCCCGGAAGCGCUCCCGGAAAUCUCGCGAUGUUUCAUCCCCCCUUGUGGGUUUAUAAACUCUGUGACAAUAAGCUUGUAAUUGAAAUCUAGCGUUAGCACUCCUGCUACAACCAGGCGGUCGAUGUGUUGUUGCUACGGUUAAUAAGUGGCAUUUCCCCUCCCCACACACACUGUUCAGUGGUGGUAUGCGAUUUUAAAUGGUCAAAUGUACACAGGCACAUCGAGAUAGAGAGCCAAGGAUGUCUCAUUACACAGACGAGCCUCGCUUCACCAUCGAGCAGAUCGACCUGCUCCAGAGGCUGCGGCGUACGGGCAUGACCAAGCAGGAGAUCCUCCAUGCCCUGGACACCCUGGAUCGGCUGGACCGCGAGCACGGGGCCAAGUUUGGACAUCGCACCUCCUACGGGGGAGAAGCAAGCAGCUCUGUGUCAAACCCUAAUUGCACCACCUCCAACAACACUGCAGCCACCACCUCCUCGUCCAAUAUUACUGUUGAUGAUAAUAAUAAUAAUAAUUCCACCAGUGGGAGCAGCGAGGUUAACAACACCACCCUGGCCUCUUCCUGCACCAACUCUACCGUCGCACAGACACAGUACCUCUCACCGCGCGGGGGGCUGUCCCCGUCGCCUAGCAACAGCUACGACACCUCCCCACUGCCCUCCGCCGUCCGCCACUCCCCAGUGUCACUGGUCACCAUGGCGCAGAACGGUGGGCGGGACAGCCUGGUGGCGACGCCCAAUGGGAAGCUCUCGCCGCCGCGGUACCCGGUGAACAGUGCAGCGGCCGCCAGGGUGUUCGGGUUCGAGGCAACUGAGGAGGAGCUGGAAAUCGAUGACAAGGUGGAGGAACUCAUGAGGAGAGACGGCAGCAUCGUGAAGGAGGAGAUCAAGUCGUUCCUGGGGAACAGGAGAAUCUCUCAGGCUGUGGUGGCCCAGGUCACAGGAAUCAGUCAGAGCAGGAUCUCUCAUUGGUUGCUUCAACACGGCUCUGACCUCAGUGAACAGAAGAAGAGAGCUUUCUACCACUGGUACCAGCUAGAAAAGACCUCCCCAGGUGCCACUCUAAACAUGCGCCCCGCCCCCAUGGCUAUGGAGGAAAUGGAGUGGAGACAGACCACACCCCAUAUAAGUACCGCCCCAGGACUCUUCCGGCUACGCAGAGGAAGUCGUUUUACCUGGAGGAAAGAAUGUCUGGCUGUGAUGGAGAGCUACUUCAAUGACAACCAGUACCCUGACGAAGCUAAGAGAGAGGAGAUCUCUAACGCCUGCAACGCUGUCAUCCAGAAACCAGGGAAGAAGUUAUCGGACCUGGAGAGAGUCAGCUCUCUUAAAGUCUACAACUGGUUUGCCAACCGACGCAAGGAGAUCAAGAGACGAGCUAAUAUUGAAGCCACGAUCCUGGAGAGCCAUUGGAUAGACGUCCAGAGUCCUGGAGGACAUUCCAACAGUGACGACAUCGAUGGAGGCGACUACACAGAACAGGCCUGUGACCUGCCCUACUUCGACAAGAGACCCAUGGCCAGGCCCUUUGGCUUCUACAGGCUGGAGCCCACUUCACCCACACAGGACGAUGGUACUGACCACCAGGACCCCAUCUCUCUGGCUGUGGAGAUGGCUGCAGUCAACCAUACCAUCCUGGCUCUGUCCCGGACCGGAGGGGUGCCCAGCAACAUCAAGACAGAGGUCCCGGACGAUGACUGAAGAGGUGGUUACUACUGGACAGUAACUGGGAGGAAGGAGUGGAGAGGGAACGGUAAUAGCCAAGAGAGGAUAGGGGGUGGGUGUGUGUGCGCGUGAGAGAGUGUUUGUGGUUCAAGGAAUGUGAAGAUAACCAAAUGAAGCUAUCAAACUCCAGCCACCCUCCUUCACAGUCCCAGUGAACUCUACCCUCCUUCCCCUUGUUCUCAGCUCCUCCACGGUCCCAGUGAACUCUACCCUCCUUCCCCUUGUUCUCAGCCCCUCCACGGCCCCAGUGAACUGUACCCUCCUUCCCCUUGUUCUCAGCCCCUCCACGGUCCCAGUGAACUGUACCCUCCUUCCCCUUGUUCUCAGCUCCUCCACGGUCCCAGUGAACUGUACCCUGUCUUGUCCCUCAUCGGAGUGAAAAAGUUGAGUGGAGGAUAAUAAAUGGCUGUUUUUCUCUGGACCUCCACCCCGAUAUGGUGCCACUGGCCCUGGGGCCCUGGUCAAACCGUCUUCCCACUCCUCCUCUCUGAGCCCAAACCCACAUACCUCAAUCCUGCUGUACUGUAUAUAUGGUAUCUGUUCUCAUUAGAGACAUAGAAUAGAAGUCUGUUCUAGAAUAGAAGUGAUACCAUUUCUAUGGUUCUCAUACUGUCUCAUCGUGUGCUGCCCUGAACCCAUUUCCUUGUGCAAUGCAUUGGUAGCGCAUCAGUGGCCUCUUACUAACACUGCUGGAAGAGAGGGAGGGAUGUAGUUUAUCACCCUGCCAAAGAACAGUCAGUUGACUACUCAUCUGUGGAUUGGACUGUUCUGAUUGGACUAGACUGUUCCCGACUGUUCAAUGUAUCCUGCAGUCUACAGCUUUCAUUCCUACUGGAAUCUUAACGUUUGGUUGGUAAACCAUUGACAUUAUGAAUUGUCCCAUGUUCGUUGUGCUCUUUCUAAAUGGAAUGGCCACCAGAAAUACAGAAGUCCAUUUUCUGCAGCGGACGGUUAAGUGCAUGUGUCAGAAAGUGAUCUGAAAGCCAGCAGUACCCCCCCCCACUCCCCACCCCCCCAAGGCCAAAUGAGAGACACAGCUAACUUCUGAUCAGUUUAGCCUUGUAGGCCAGUGGAUAUUAAAGGGACAAUCUGUGAUUUGGUCCAUUUAUUUUCUGACUUAAAUAAUGAUAUACACCCAUUGAUUUUUUUUUUAAACAUAAUAUAAUUUCAAACGAACCUGAGAGCUGUGUUACAUAGAUGGUGAAUCUAAUCAUUUUUAAGGGUUACAUUUUUAUUUAUUUAUUUAUUUUACCUUUAUUUAACCAGGUAGGCAAGUUGAGAACAAGUUCUCAUUUACAAUUGCGACCUGGCCAAGAUAAAGCAAAGCAGUUCGACAGAUAAAACGACACAGAGUUACACAUGGAGUAAAAACAAACAUACAGUCAAUAAUGCAGUAUAAACAAGUCUAUAUACAAUGUGAGCAAAUGAGGUGAGAAGGGAGGUAAAGGCAAAAAAGGCCAUGAUGGCAAAGUAAAUACAAUAUAGCAAGUAAAAUACUGGAAUGGUAGUUUGAUCAAAAGUACAUUAACUCACGGCGGGUGAGUUUCCUGGAAGUUCGGUAGCACUAAGAUCGCGUCCUUUGACGGCAACGUGUGAAUGAUGGUCUCGGCAUCGACAGACAGUACAAAGCUUUUGGGUAACUCGCCCUCAUCGAAGGACGUAACAUAUCAUAUGAAAUGGAUGAGCACCACUUUCUAAACUACUGUCUCUGGAAGUAGAUUUCCUCGCUGUCAAAAUUCGCAAAAAGAUAGUCCUCUAACCAUCGUUUUUGGAAUUUGUGAUACUCCCUGACUGUCCAGCUGUAAUUUCAGUGAUUUAAUAGUGAGCUGGACACAGUCAAGGAACUGUGUAAAUGUAGCUCUAUUAGCGUUUCUAUGUGACAGCCCUGCUUUAAGGGGGGGGAGUGAAUAUCAGCAGACACUCAACCCCCCCCCCCCCCCCGUUGACUGAGACUCCCCUGGUAGACGGUGUAUAUACAGUUCAUUCAGAUCCAUUCAUUCAUUGUCCACAUUUUGUUACAUUAGACUUUUUCUAAAAUGGAUGAAAUUGUUUUCAUUCCCCUCAUCAAUCUACACACAAUAUCCUGUAAUGACAAAGUAAAAAAUAUAUUUUUAUUAACGUUUUUUUGCAAAUGUAUUACAAAUAAACUCACAUUUACGUAUUCAGUAUUCAGACCCUUUACUCAGUACUUUGAUGAAGCACCUUUGGUAGCGAUCACAGCCUCAAGACUUCUUGGG